GUAAAGAAAGAAAUCCACAUCACAUCCGUGAACCACAACAGCAACAAAAGAUUUGGAGCUGCCCCAUCGAAGUUAAACUCAGACAGUCUGUAGAUGCCAUCUGGGGCUCCAAAGGGGGAGAACUGUGUUGUAGACAUGGACAGCAAGGCUGGAGAUCUGUUCAGUGCUGAGGAUGCCCAUCCAACCGGAACAGGUGGAGCUGGAAUCUUGGCCAAACUUGGACUUCCCAAAGGCUUCUCAGCCGGUAUGGCAAAAGAAUGGAUCGACAAGCGCCGAGUAUCCAUUCGACCUUGGGCCAGCUUCGUGGACCAACGCAAGUUUUCAAAACCCCGCAACUUUGGAGAGUUGUGUCAGAGGGUAGUGAAAAAUGUGGAAACUUACAACAGCAACUAUACUUUCAUCUUCAUGGGCCUCAUCCUCUACUGCAUUAUCAGCUCUCCCAUGUUACUGAUUGCCUUGGCUGUGUUUGCCGGUGCCUUUUACAUAAUUCACCUCAAGUCCCAAGAGUCUAAACUAGUCGUUUUUGGAAAGGAGCUGACUGUCCCCCACCAGAUGAGUCUUGCUGGAGCCGUUUCUCUACCUGUGUUCUGGUUGGCCGGAGCUGGAGCUGCAGUCUUUUGGGUCCUGGGAGCAACGCUGUUUGUGAUUGGCACGCACGCUGCGUUCCGUGAGCUGGAGCCAUCUGACAUGGAAGAGCUCCUCAUGGAGCCUGUGUGAAGAACAGGCUGAACCCUCAGCAGGCGCUGCUCAGUGAUCAGUCAUCACUUUGACCCUGUAAUAAUGUAAGCCCGGAGGGGUUGAGGAAAAACUGCUUCUAGAUUCUGUUCUUUAUCUACCUGUGCAUCCUGUAAUCUUCUUGAUAUACCUGUUAAUCAAGUGUGCACCUCAUCUUGCCCCAAAAGUAGUUGCUGUUACAACCUUUUUAAACCCACUUCCUUUCUAAUAUACAGAAAUAAAUAAUUGAUGGGUAUUUAAACACAUUUUCAUGCAGACCAUAUGCCUUUCUUUACUUUUUUUUGUAACUUUGAUGCCUCUGGUUUGUGUCAGCCUCUCAUUAUCUUAAACUGUGACACAUCUUUCAGCUUAUUCAUGACUUUGGAAUAUUUGUGCUGUACUAUCUGCUGUAAAUUUCUUCAGCAUUCGUCAAUCACAAAUUGCUUCUGCAACAAUAAUUUAGGUAAAUGCAAUGUUUGCUUUUCUUUACUCCUAAAAAAUAUAUUUUCCAAAGGAAAAGUGCCAUUUGAAGCUUUAAAAGUUUUUGUUUCUUACAAUAAUCAUGCUCCAACAAAAUGUUUUAUUCCCAGGAAUCCAAAACAAUUUGGUAUUUCUGAUCAGGUUAUUAACAUAGUUGGCUUGAUGAGAGGGUGACUUAAAAGGUCAGUAUAUUGUAAUGGGGUUUUGUAUUGGGGAUUGUGCAGUACUUUGCUGACUGUGUGCAUAUUUAUCAGCUCUGCUGUCAGAAAGUUCUGAAUUCAUUAUCAUUUGUUUUCAUGGUGUUUUUAUAUUUAAAUUUUAUUUUGGUGGUGCAAUAAAACCACAGAU